AUGGAUGGUGGGUUUGGUAGGACAGAGAAGAAGCACCGAUGGAGUUUUGCUGCGGCUGUAGCUGCGGUAGGAUGGGAAUUAGCCAAGGGAACGAAGUUACCCGGCGGGCAAGAGUUCGGUAAAGGUUUUGUGGAGAGUUUAGCGAGGUUGCGUUGGAGAGAUGAGGAGAUCACGUGUAAACGCGUAAUGAAGGAAUUUUUUUGUGGUGGAGUUUUAUGUGACGCGGUUGUGAUUUUCAACCAGACGCAUCUUUCGCUGUCUGCGUCUCUCCAGUUGGCCGUGCUUUCGGUGAUGCUCUCGCCAGUGUUUGGAGUUUUUCGUCCAGGAUGGGUUGUGAACGCCAUCUCUCGUUGUCUGCGCUCUGCCGGCGCCUCUGAUUCUCUAACAUUUUGA